GAACGCCGCCAAGAACGAACGUCUUUCUUCCCGUUUUUCGUGUCGAAGCGCAGCGCGCCUACUUUGUUGCUUCUUCGGAGAGGUGCAUGUCUCAUCAAACAGUGAAAGCGCGUGUAUUUGCUUUUAAGCGAAAACCGGAAGUUCCUUUGGUGAAACGGAAGUCGUCUGCUGGCUUCCGGUUCCAGGCAUCCUAAUUAGUUCAGUGGUCUGGUCAGUGUGCCGGCGAUCCUCGUCGAUCGAAAUCCAAAAGAGAUUAUCCUCUGAAAUGAGUGAAACCUAAAAAACGGAAUCAACGUGUAAAUGUGUAUUAUUUUGUAGUUUGCGAACACCGAAACCAAAACUCGUGAAAAAUGCCCAAAAUCAGCUUGAUCAAGCACCGGAUCCACCAGGAGCAGCUGCGCCUGCUCGAGUCGCAGAAAAACGCCGGCCACGAUGGCGACGGACACGGCGGCUUCGGCAACGAACCGCUGUCCCUGGUGUCCCGCAACAAGAAGGACAGCAAGGACUCUGGAGAUCGCGACAUCUUCAGCGAGGAAAAUCGUUUGAGUCCACCAUGCCGGGAGAGUUCCUCCUCGCCGGCGACCUCGAUCUUCUCGUCGGUGGUCCAGGCCGCCCAAAAUCUGGCCCUGAACAACAGUCACCACAGCACAGCUGCCCCGCUAUUCCUGCAGCGCACAUUCGCCAAAGAUCAGCAAACACCACCACCCCAACAACCACCACAACCAGUGGUCGAACCGCACCCGAUCCGUCGGUUCUUCUCGUCCAUACACGGCGGGGACAUCCCGUACGGUGGUCUCAGCAAUCUGGUGCUUGGGGCUCCCAGCCGUCCCCACACCAAGGCAGAAUGCAAAGAGUACCCGGUGCCGGUGGAGAGCCGGAGACCGCCGACUCCUCCCCACAGGCCACAGUUGGAUAAGAAAGAACCUCACAGUACGGUCGAGCAGCCCUCGAUCCGACGGGAAGAACGUAACGUCCUCACCGAGGAACGUCCAGUGAUUUCGGUUGAGCCAAAAUCACCUCCGCCCAAAGAUCGCGUUCCGACGCCCCCGCCGGCACCGGAACCCGUGGUACGAUGCUCCGUUAUUCAGAGAGCUCCGACGGCGCUUGUGUCCCCUCGGAGAACUCCAGUGGUUCCAAGCCCGGAGUCCAGUCCCAAAGCUGUUGAUCUGAAAGUGCGCCCUCCCGAGAUCGAACCGGAACAGGAACAACCAAUCGAUUACCACAUACCAAAACGUUCCGAUGGCGAUGCCAAGGAAGAGUCGAAAAAGGAAGAUGAAGAGCGAGAAAUGCGCAUGCGAGAAGCUAGGAAAGCAGCAAUCCUUCGAAGACAUUUGCUCUCGAUGAGGGCGUAUCGGUUCGGAAAACUCAACGGAAUCAUGCAGGCCGCAGCUGGCCAUGGACGAUCAUCCGGUGGAGGUAGCCAAGCCAGUGGAGGCCACAGCAGUGGCAGCAACAACAUAAACUUUUCUGGAUCCGGAUCCGGAGGUCUCGGAAGCAGCUCCGGUGGAAGUGGUGGUGGUGCGAUUGGCGGUGGAGGUGCAGGCGGUGGCAUGGGAGGACGUGACGGCCGUUCCAACUACGGACCAAACAGUCCCCCAACCGGAUCCCUUCCACCUUUCUACGAAAGCUUGAAGGGGGGCAGUGCCGGACUCAACGGAUAUAACGCAAACGGAGGCUUCCUAAACAGUAGCUGGAACAACAUGGAUUGCGAUACCACCCAGGAUUUGGCCAACCUUGGAGCCUACACGGACGCUAACGGGAACAGUAGUAGUAACCCGUCCAAACAAUACUCAAUGUUACAGAAUGCCUACGGGAUAGCCCUCAAGGACGAAGCCGAUCUGGACUACGACUCAAAGAUCGAUUCCCUAUCGAAUCUCUACGGCAACUAUGACGUCAACGAUUCCAUGAUGGUCGAUAUGAACGGAGUCGGUGUUGAUCCGCUCCAGUUUACCGCCACACUCACAUUCUCCUCCCAAAGUGACAACGCUCUGCUCGAUAGCCUAACAGAUGCUGUCGAUCUGAGUCACUUCCUGAAUCGGCUUCCCUCGGAUGAACAGUCCAGUAGCUGUAACGACCUCGAACUUACCUCAACACCCUCUCUAACCCCAGACUCCGUAUCGACAUCGCUCCAACCAGUAGAUCCCCACGAGGGACUUGAUCAAUAUCCGGACCACCUUCUGCUAUCCCGUAGCUACAACCCCGCAUUCAACAACAAUAACAACAACCACAAAUACGGCCUACCAUCCGUCGAAAACCCACCCAGCUACCACCAGUUCCAGUCCCACAGCAGUUUCGAUCUGGACUCCCACAGCAAUCUGUCCCUUCCAUCUCCCAGCAGUAAUUCGCUGCAAUCGGCAUCGUCCUCAUCAUCGCCACCAUCCUCCUCAUCAUCUUCGGUAGCAGCAGCCGCAGCCGCAGCAGCUGCCGCCCUUGCCGCUGGACUCCCGCCCUCCGGCCACGGUGGACACCACCUAACGCCCCUCGGUGCCCAAGCCAACGGAGGAUCAUCCACACCGCAGCUCGGCGUCGGAUCAUCGCUACCAAACCUCGGUUUGCCGACGGAGGUUCAGCUGGAGUUCGUCAACGGAGGCCACGGGAUCAAAAACCCGCUGGCCGUUGAGAACGUCCCCGGGCGGUUACGGGACGAGGACAAGCACCACACCAAGCUGCUGCAGUCGACGGAGGUGAUCAAGGCCGAUGACGGCUCGGACCAGAACAAGUUCGUCUGUCGGAUCUGCCAGAAGAGCUUCACCCUGCAACGGUUGCUAAAUCGACACAUGAAGUGCCACUCGGACGUCAAGCGGUACCUGUGUACGUUCUGCGGCAAGGGAUUCAACGAUACAUUCGACCUAAAACGACACACCCGGACGCAUACCGGCGUGCGGCCGUACAAGUGCAAUCUGUGUGAGAAGUCUUUCACCCAGCGCUGUUCGCUGGAAUCGCACUGCCUGAAGGUGCACGGCGUCCAGCAUCAGUACGCGUACAAGGAGCGGCGCACGAAGAUGUACGUGUGCGAGGAGUGCGGCCACACGACGAACGAGCCGGAGGUGCACUAUCUGCACCUGAAGGAUAACCACCCGUACUCGCCGGCCCUGCUCAAGUUCUACGACAAGCGCCACUUCAAGUUCACCAACUCGCAGUUUGCCAACAACCUGCUCGGGUCGUUCCCGAUGCCGGUGCAAAACUAGGCACGCACCCAGCAUGCAAGUAAUUGAUUCCGGCUCCUUUUGAGGUCGGUCGAUCAGGACGACGAGACGUGAUCAUCCUGUUUUCUUUUUAUUAUUAUUAAAGUUGUCUCCUUCUUUUGUGAACGAUUACUAGUUGAUAGGUGUAAAGUUUAGGAGCAAAACAGCAACUAGGAGGAGAGAUAAAAGGAGAAAAAAUCGAGAGAGUUAGUUUUAAUCAACAGUUAUAAGUCUAAACAGUAGAGAACACAAACAAACAAAAAACACUAACAAUUAUUUAUUUGCUGCAAUAUUAUUUUAUAUUACUACUAACUAUCGUUAUUUUAGGAAAAACAAAAAAAACGUGUUAAGACUUAGAACAGAACCAGAAGAAUUAUUAAAAAACUAAGCGGCUAGGAAAAUUGAAUUGCGAAUCGGAAUGGCAGUAGCUGAAAAGAAAUGAUUAUAAAACAUUUUUAGAAUGAUCCCUUUUUUAUAAAUUUGAUUUCUAGAGAAAAAAAAGGAAGCCGUCUGGUACAGCUUAUCAUUUAGCAUUAAAAGCAUGCGAAAAAGUAUGUUAGAAAAUAAACAUAAAAAAUGUCAACCGUAAAUUUGUGAAAAGGUUAAAAUUAAUUUUCUUGGAUUAAUCAUUUUGACCAAAACCGAAAAUUUGUCGAUGAUUUUUUUUUAAAUUAAUACUUUUAGAACGUAUUCCGUUCGCCAAAUCGCAUAAGUUCUGUUGGUUUGUUUUGAUUAUUAAUGUAGAUCAGUGCUGCUCAUUUCCUUGAAUAUUAUUCUCUUACAAAAAGCAAGUUGUACGUAAAAAAACAUAACCUUUGCCCCAAGUUCAACUGAAAAAAUAAGUCAUCAAAUCAAAUAACUCGAACAGCAAGAUUUUUUGAUGGGGGUUGUUCAGAAUGAAACUAAAAGAAAACAAUCGAUACAAAUCAAAACACAUGGAAUAGAACCGAAAAAGUCUGAGUAGAGAUAAAUUUCUUUUAAAUCAAGAGAGAAAACAAAAACAAACUUAAUCAAUCAGUAGGAAGCAUUUCAAUGUUGAUGGAAGGUUACAAUAAAGAAAAGAAAAAAAAAACUAAAAUCAAAACAGUCGAUAUCAACUCAUUAAACUCACUUAGGCACUAAGUUAGGAAACGAUCGAUCGUAAACGCGUGUAUAGUGUAAGUGUAAGUGGCAGUUAUUUUUUCGUUUUUUCCACUAUCCGACAAAAACUGUGAAAAAGCGAUGAUAAAACUGUUAGUUUGACUUUUCCAGGUUCAAUUUUCUUGUACCGUUUUAUUUUGGGUUUUUCAAGUUGUUGCCUUGUCGUUUCUGUUUUGUUUCCUACUUCGUUCGAAGGAACCAGAAGGCUGUAAUUAAAGUUCUUGAAUAUUUUAUCUCGCCGAAUCGAACGAAGGCAACAGCAACGACAACAAAAAUUGAAGCGGGACACGGGAACGAACGGAGGAACCUUCACGUAAUUUGAAUGAUAUUAAUUUUCAAGAAAAUAAAAAUGGAUCAGUUUUUGGUUCCGCGAUCGCGCGGUACCAAUCAUCAAUUUGCUGAUCGUUCACUCUCGCGAAGAGCAAUACACACUAAUACGACAACCAACACACGCAAAACACUUGCAAAACUCUCUCAUGGCGAGGACGAAGCAAGGGGAAAACGAGAAAAAAAGACAUAAUCGCAAAUCCAAUCAAAGUAUAUCGGGGUUUUUUGUGCAAUCACUUUUUUUGGUGUCGGAAUAAUUACAAUUACGAUUUUAGUCUGUAAAAAUGAUUACCUUAAGUAGGGAGAGAAAGACAACAUACUGAACAAACUCAAACAUGGAGGAACCGGUGAUCCGUAUAGAAUCUCGACACGUUUUCCUUUUCUUCGGUUGUAAAAAUUAAAACUGGAAAACGCGCAGCCCUGCGCUGCUAAAUUGAAAGUUGGCUUGUGAACGCGUUCCAAGUUUAGGAAAAGCUCUAAAUUCCAAAGCUCUGUCAGAUCGAGGCAAGCUAGGGUGGAUUUCCACCCUUUUUCAUCAGACACACAGACAAAAGGACAAAACACUCUCGAAAGAAAAGAGAAAUGUUGGAAAAAAACUUAAAACAUUAAGAUAGAAACAAUAUGAGUACCUUUUUAUCUAGUUUGUAAGGCGACACACUAAAGCGGUUUGUUUGCGUUAAAUUAUACAUUCCUUAUUGCAAACUAAUGGAACAGAAAAAAUGAAAAAACAUAAUGAAAUCAAACACCACCCUCUAUGCGGUAAGCUUCGAAAACGACGAAAGAAGGGUGUGCGUGAAACAAUAUACUCUCUUGUAAAUUAAUCUCAGUUCUUCCUUUCGAUCGGCUCUGAUCGUUUUUAACUUUAAUAUUUCCUUCCAACCUUCCUGGAGCUAAACUGGCUCCUUACUAUUAUACUCUCAUGAUGUUAGUGUAAAUCUGUAGUUUAUCAUACUCUUAUCGUUAUCUUUUCUUAUUUUCAUUAUACUUAAUUAUUAUUAUUAUUUUGUACCUUAGGCUGUACAUUUCAUUUCCUCUUCCGUGCUAGGUAGCUCAGUUAUUGCGGAGUUGUUGAUUGAUUUCCCGCAAAUUCUAAGGGCUAUUGAGAGAGUGAGACAAUUUUCAAAAAUUGUUUGCAACUUUUUUUUUACCUUAGGGUCUUUAGUUUCGGAAUUGUGAGAGUAAAAAUGAUUAUUAGAAAUUAAACUGUGCUACACAAUGUUACUCUUAGUCCAUUCGCUAGUUUAAUUUUCAAAAGAGUCAAAGAACAAAAACACUAACAGAAAAAACCCAAUUACAAAUUACGACCCACAAGAAGCGAAGCAAUCUUUCCAUGGCUUUAACAUUUGUUUCUUCAAGAUAAAAAAAAAACCUUAGUAGACUUACUUAAAUACUUUAUUCCCCCCUUUUGGUUAACUCGCUUUUUUGGUUUGUUUCGUAAAAAAAACUGUUUGAUGAAAGGCUUGAAUCAUACUCCCAAAAUGUGUAGCUUGUUGGAGCUAAGAAAAAAUUCCAAAAAUAAAAAAAUGAACAAAUUAAAAAAGAGAUGAAUAAGCUUAAUAGAAAUUGUAAUUUCAAUCAAACAAAAGUUAGAAGUUGAAGAUUGACAACAACAAGGAAAACCAAUCGUUGCAUUUAUUAUUCAGUUAUAUUCUCAUGUAAUUGUAGAACAAAGGAACAAACAAAUAUACAAAAGAAAACAAACAAAAAAAAAUUGGCGCGACAAACAAAGGCAAAAAAUUAUUAAUAUACAUAUGAACAAUAAACUGAUCUAUGCGAUAUAAAAGUGGAAAUUUUGGCGAGGGAGACCGAGACAGACAGAAUAGACACACCCACACACGAGGUAGGAACGAUGAAUACACGUGAUGUUACUUCGACUAUACGCGGAGUGAUGUAACAUUUUUGAAGAGUUAUACAAGAAAGUAAUUUAAAAAAAAAAUAAAAAAAAACAUUACAUUCAAUGUUAGA